UACCCUGUUCUUUCCUUCACUGUGGGAGACGAGCUGAGCCUGUCCGGCAGAGCAGCGGAUGUACAGAUGAUUCAGUGGCUGGCAGGAAGCCCGCCCUGCCCGCCCGCCAGUGUCAGUGGUGUUGGCAUCAGCUCGGGCAGGUGUGCGGGCUCAGGAUGGGACGGCCGCGGUGAGGAGCCCUGGACUCUCAGAGACAGAAUUUCACCAUGUUGCCCAGGCUAGUCUCAAGCUCUUGACCUCAAGCGAUCCUCCCUGCCUCAGCUUCCCAAAGUGCUGGGAUGAAAGGCGUGAGCCACCGCGCCUGGCCCGGGUCUGUUUCUAGUUGCAACAGCUAUUGGAAGCCCAUUGGAGCGGGCCACGCUUCCAUUCACCAGGCCACGCAUCACAGGAGGCAACACCAGGAGCCGACAUGAGCUCAGGGACUGAACUGCUGUGGCCCGGAGCAGCGCUGCUGGUGCUGUUGGGCGUGGCAGCCAGCUUGUGUGUGCGCUGCUCACGCCCAGGUGCAAAGCGGUCAGAGAAAAUCUACCAGCAGAGAAGUUUGCGUGAGGACCAACAGAGCUUCACAGGGUCCUGGACCUACUCCUUGGUCGGGCAGGCAUGGCCAGGACCCCUGGAGGACACGGCACCCACAAGGAAGGACAAGCUGUUGCGAUUCUCCCCAGGCCUGGAGGAUCCAGCAUCUUGCAGGUACCAGAACUUCAGCAAAGGAAGCAGACACGGGUCGGAGGAAGGCUACAUGGAAGGCAGGACAGAGGCGGAGGAUGAGCCAGGCCUUGCAGGGCCUGCCCACACCCCCGUGCCCGCUCCUCUCUCUCCUACAGAUGAUGCCAAUUCCUAUGAGAAUGUGCUCAUUUGCAAGCAGAAAACCACAGAGCCAGUUGCCCAGCAGGACGGCACAGGUGGCCUCUGCAGAGGAGACCACAUCCCGUCGCUGGCCCUGAAGACUGGCCCCACUUCUGGUCUCUGUCCCUCUGCCUCCCCGGAAGAAGAUGAGGAAUCCGAGGAUUAUCAGAACUCAGCAUCCAUCCAUCAGUGGCGCGAGUCCAGGAGGGUCAUGGGGCAACUCCAGAGACAAGCCUCCCCUGGCCCGGUGGGAAGCCCAGACGAGGAGGAGGACGGGGAACCGGAUUACGUGAACGGGGAGGUGGCGGCCACAGAAGCCUAGGGCAGACCAAGAAGAAAGGAAUCAAGGCGAAGAGGGACUAUUGUGCUCAUGGACCUGUCGCUGCUUUCCAAGGACCAUUUCCCAGAGCUACUCAACUUUUAAGCCCCUGCCAUGGUUGCUCCUGGAAGAACCAGCCACCCUGAGGACCACAUGGCCAGGCGCGCACAGCCCGGGAAAGGACAGUUACCCACAGGAGCUGCAGCCCUGCCACCAAGCCCUCUCCCAACCCGGGCUUUGUGGGGCAGGCACCUGGUACCGAGGGUAACCCGGCUCCUGGUAUGGAUGGAUGCGUAGGAUUUAGGAUAAGCUGUCACCCUGUCCCCAUACCAAAACCAUUGUCCAACACUGGUAUCUGUGUCCUUUUGUGCUAUGAAUUUGGAUUCCUAAUUGCUAUUGUUGGUUGCCGGGGUCUUAAAGGAUUGAUAAGCUUCUCCAGUUAACUUAUAGAGGGGGAGCCAUAUUUAAUAUUCUGGAUUUCAGAGAUUUCUGUGUUGUCUCCUAGAAAGCAUUACAUGUAGUUAAUUUCAGCAUCCUGGUUGGGCGGGGCCCUGGCUCUCUUCCCCUUUAGUGGGACCUCCCCUUUCUUUGGGCUUCAGUUCACUAAGGAAGAAAUAAGGCUGUCGCCAUCUUUAUGCGCUUUCAGUGGAAAUGUCAUUUGCUAUGGACAAUAGUGCGUGAGAGUUUAGAGAAGUAGUGACCAGAAUGGGGCGGAGUAGGUCUCCUCCAUGGCCCAGAAUCCUCCUCUGCUCCAGGGCUGGCCUCUGCAGAGCUGAUUAGACAGUAAUAUGACUGUCUCAUGGGAAGAGCAGGGGCCCAGAGGGACCUUCUGAGUCAGAAAUGCUGCCAGAAAAAGUAUCUCCUCCAACCAAAACAUCUCAAUAAAACCAUUUUAGUUGAAAAGCA